GUUUCAGCCAGAUUUCAGACACUAGUUUUAGUUUGAGUAGUCGGCAUCAGUGCUGGUUAACUGAGGGUUAACUUGUCAUCACUAUGAGCACUAGUACUAGUGAUGGUAAUGGUCAGUGUGAGGUGCUCAUAUCUCUGCACAUUCCUUUCUGUGUGCGACACUUUCUCCUCAGCGCUGAUAAUGCUCAAGUGCUUCUAAACGGGGAAGCGGCUCUGAUAAGGUCUGUUCCAGAGCAGAAGCUGGUCAGUCGAGCUGAAGCGUUGCUCCGGUCAGCUGUGUCCAGCGCAGUGCUCCGAGCUCCUGUUUCAGUCAUGUCUGCUGAAGAAGCUGCUGGACCCAUGGAUGGAGGUGUGGAGCUGACCACUGAGGAUUCACCAGCAGCCGUCACAGCCGGUCCAGACCCGAGUUCUGAUCUGAGUUCUGAUCUGAAUCCUGAGCCAAAACCUGAUUCGAGUCCUGAUCCGGAUCCUGAUCUGAAUCCUGAGCCAAAACCUGAUCUGAAUCUUGAUCUGAGUCCUGAUCUGAGUCCUAAACUGAAUCCUGAUCCAAGUUCUGAUCCGAAUCCCGAUCCGAAUACUGAUCUGAAUCCUGAGCCACUACCUGAUCCGAAUCCUGAUCUGAGUCCUAAACUGAAUCCUGAUCCAAGUUCUGAUCCGAAUCCCGAUCCGAAUACUGAUCUGAAUACUGAUCUGAAUCCUGAACCACUACCUGAUCCGAGUCCUGAUCCGAAUCCUGAUCUGAGUCCUAAACUGAAUCCUGAUCCAAGUCCUGAUCCGAAUCCUGAGCCAAAACCUUCUGAUCUGAAUCCUGAGCCAAAACCUGAUCCGAGUCCUGAUCUGAGUCCUGAUCCAAGUCCUGAUCCAAAUCCUGAUUCGAACUCAGUGGCCCGUGAGGUCACACACACAGAUGAUGGAGGAGAGAGCGUCUCAUCAUCUCACCGUGAGAGGAAGAAUAACGACGGCAGAAAGAAGCUGGUGAACGGCGUGUGCUCGUGUGGUCCUGAAACAUUAGAGAUUCUACACGCUAAACACGCCUCACAGCUGUACAGCGAGACGCUGUACCGUGAGGACGGACGCAGGGAUCUGUGUGUCAAUCUUUACUCACUGAUGCCCGACACGCCAGACACGGAGUUCGCUCGAGAGAUGAGGGACCUGCAGAGCGAGGUCAGAUAUAAAGAGGACGGGAGGAAGAAGCUGUCGUGUAGUCUAUACUCUCAGCUGCCCAACACGACUGACACGCAACACGCCAAACACAUGACGGAUCUGCAGAGCGACAAUAAAUACAGAGAAGCCGGUCGAAAAAACGCUUCCACGUGUCUGUACUCACAACUGCCAGAAACCCUGGAGACUCAACACGCUAAAGAAGCGUACCAGCUCCAGAGCCAGGUGAUGUAUAAGGAGGGACAGACGAGUGCGUCCAGCUCUCUGUUCUCCACGCUGCCCGACACGCCGGAGAUCCAGUUGGCCAGAGAGAUGACAGAGACCGUCAGCGAGAAUAAAUACCGCGAGCAGAGCAGGAAGAGCAUCAGCAGCUGCAUUUACUCUCAGCUUCCAGAAACUCCAGAGACGGAGUUCAGCAGGAGCGUCUCUGAGCUGCAGAGUCAGGUGAAGUAUAAGGAGGCCAGUAAGCAGCAGAUGAGCAGAUCUCUGUACCAUCAGCUCCCAGAGACUCCAGAGACUCAACACGCUCGAGACGCCGCACACCUCCAGAGCGAGCUGAAGUACAGGCAGGGCCGGGCGUCUGUGACGGGCAGCAGUUUAUACUCGCUGAUGACUGAGACGCCGCAGAACGAGUUCGUGAAGCAGCAGAUGGAGCUCCAGAGCGAGCUGAAGUAUAAAGCUGACGUGCAGGAAAACUCCAGUAAUCUGUACUCGCUCAUGCCCGAGACGCUGGACACGCAGUUCGCCAAACACGCCGCCGACUUACAGAGUGACGUGAAGUAUAAGGAGGCCAGUAAGCAGCAGAUGAGCAGAUCUCUGUACCAUCAGCUCCCAGAGACUCCAGAGACUCAACACGCUCGAGACGCCGCACACCUCCAGAGCGAGGUGGCCUAUAAAGGCGUCAGGAAGAGCGAUUUCUCAGGCUCCUCCUUCACUGCGGUUCCAGACUCGGCAGAGAUGAAGUUUGUGCAGCAGAUCUCGCACGUGCUCAGUGAGAAAGAGUACCGUGAGGAGGGCCGCAGGAGCCUCUCGUCCAGCGUUUACUCUCAGCUGCCCGACACUCCAGAGACGCAGUUCGUGAGAUCCGUGACGGACCUGCAGAGCGAGGUGAAAUAUAAGGCAUCUGGGAAGCAGCAAGCGAGCGACUCGCUGUACGCCACACUGCCAGAGACGCUGGACACGCAACACGCUAAACACGCCACCGCGCUCAUCAGCGAGGUGAAGUACAAAGAGGACGGCAGACAGAGCUUGACCAGCCCGUUAUUCACUCGACUGCCAGAGACGCUGCAGACGCAGACGGCCAGAGAGAUCGCAGACGCACAGAGCCAGGUCAGAUAUAAGCAGAAGAAUGAUCAGGUCAGUCUGUAUUCGCUCCUGCCGCAGACCGCAGACACAGAGUUCGCCAAACACAUGAGCGACGUCCAGAGUGAGCUUCAGUACAAGCAGGAGGGUAAGAAGGAAGCGGAGAGUAAUCUGUACAGCCUGAUGCCGCAGACGCUGCAGACCGAACACGCUAGAGACGCCUACGAGCUGCAGAGUCAUGUUAAAUAUAAAGAGAAGAACAGAACAGAUGCUUCUCUUUACGCCCUUCUGCCCGAGACUCAGGACACAGAACACGCCAAACACGCCGGAGAGCUGCGCAGCGAGCUGAAGUAUAAAGAGGCCAUGAAGAAGGAUCUGUCCUCACCGCUGUACUCACAGAUGAGCGACACCGCAGAGAGCCAGCGGCUCCGAGAUAUCACCACACUGCAAAGUCAGGUUCAGUAUAAGACUGAAGGACAGAAGCUCACGAGCUCCAGUGUUUAUUCCCAGAUGGCAGAGACUCCAGAGACACAGUUCAUGAAGACAGUGACUGAACUCCAGAGCGAUGUGAAGUAUAAGGAGGCCAGUAAGCAGCAGAUGAGCAGAUCUCUGUACCAUCAGCUCCCAGAGACUCCAGAGACUCAACACGCUCGAGACGCCGCACACCUCCAGAGCGAGGUGAAGUAUAAAGAGAAGGUGAACUCCUCGUCUCUUUACUCGCGUCUGCCAGAGACGCCAGAGACUCGCCGGGCCAGAGAGCUGACGGACGUCUGCAGCAAGGUCAGAUAUGAAGAGGAGGGGAAGAGAGACGUGUCGUCCUGUCUGUACUCACAUCUGCCCGAGACGCCGGAGACACAGUUCGCCAAGCAGCAGAGUGAGCUCCAGAGCCAGAAUCAGUACCGGAGAGAGACGCAGGAGGAUCUGUCUCACUGUCUGUACUCUCAGCUUCCCGAGACGCUGCACACACAGUUCGUGAAGGAGCUGUCGCCGCUCAUCAGUGAGAGCAAAUACAGAGAGUCUGGUAAGAAGGAGAGCAGCACGUCUCUGUAUCACACGCUCCCAGAAACCAAAGACACGCGACACGCCAGAGACGCGGCGGAGAUCCAGAGCGAGGUCAAAUAUAAAGAAGGGAAGAAGCUGCAGUCGAGCAGUGUUUACUCUCAGCUGCCGCACACGCCGCAGACGCAGUUCGCCGCUAAAGUCUCUGAGCUGCAGAGCGAUAACAAAUACAGAGAGGACGGCAGGAGGAGCGUCUCCAGCUGCCUUUAUUCUCAGCUGCCCGAGACGCCAGAGACACAGUUUGCCCGAACAGUGACCGAACUGCAGAGCGACAGUAAAUAUAAAGAGGAAGGAAGGAAGCAGGCGUCUGGUGCUCUGUAUUCGCUGCUGCCGGAGACUCUGGACACGCAACACGCCAAAGACGCCACGAACCUCCUGAGUCAGACGAAAUACAAGGAGGAGGCGAAGAAAGAGGCUUCUACCAGUCUGUACGCUCUUCUACCAGAGACGACUGAGACUCAGCACGCCAAAAACAUCUCUGAACUCCAGAGCGAGAACAAGUACAAGCGGAGCGGCAAACAGGAGAACAGCAGCAGUAUUUACUCUCAGCUGCCGCAAACACAGGAAACACAGUUUGCCAAACAGAUGGCGGAGCUUCAGAGUGACAAUCAGUACCGGAGAGAGACGCAGGAGGAUCUGUCUCACUGUCUGUACUCUCAGCUUCCCGAGACGCUGCACACACAGUUCGUGAAGGAGCUGUCGCCGCUCAUCAGUGAGAAUAAAUAUAAGGAGGAUGGAAAGAAGGAGUUGCAGAAGUGCUUGUACGCCCAUUUGCCCGAAACCAGCGAAACACAACACGCCCGAGAGCUGACACAACUCUACAGUCAGAAGAGCUAUAGAGACUCUGCGGACGCUCAGGUGUGUCUGUACGCUCAGAUGCCGCAGACCAUCGAGACGGUGUUCGCUAAAGAAGUGUCCAAACAGCAGAGUGACAAACUCUACAAAGAGAAGUUUAACUCUGAGAAAGGCAAAUCAACCUACUCACAGAUGAAAGAUCUGCCCGACGUCACACACGCCAUACAGGUCAACAAACACCAGAGCGACGUGGAGUAUCGCCGCGGGAAAGAGGAGCUUCAUAAAUACAGCGCGGUGACGGACAGACCCGACAUCCGCGCCACACACGCCAGUAAACUGGCCAGCGACGUGGCCUACAGGAGUAAAGCGGACGCGUUUGACCAGCGAGCGCUGCUGGAGCGACCCGACAUACGACACGCCAGAGACGCCGCGCGAUUGGCCAGCCAGGUCAACUACAAGCAGAAGUUUGAGAAGGAUCUGAAAGGACAGAAGCCACAAUACAACCCCAGCGAGUGUGUGAGCUUCAGACACACACAGGCCGCGUCGGCUCUGGCCAGUCAGGUGAAGUACUGUCAGAAGAAGCCGCAGGCCGUCACUGAUUUACCCAACCUGCUUCAUCUGGGUCACGCGCUCCACGCCAGCAAACUCCAGAGCAACGUGGAGUACAGGAAGAAGUACGAGGAGUCUAAGGGGCGGUACCUCCUCGCUCUGGACACGGCUGAACAGCGCCACCACAAGGAGAACGCCGUGCUGCACAGUCAGGUCAAAUAUAAAGAAGAAUACGAGAAGAACCGAGGGAAGUCGCAGAUGGAGUUUGUGGACACACAGACAUAUAAAGUGUCCAAGGAAGCACAGAAGAUGCAGAGCGAGAAGGAGUAUCGUAAGGAGUAUGAGAGUCAGAUGAGAGGGAAGGUUCUGCUGGAGGUGGAUCUGACGCCGGCGUAUCUAACGGCCCGUAACGCCAGCAGCCUCGUUAGUGAGAAGGAGUAUCGUAAGGAUCUGGAACAGGAAGUGAAAGGGAAAGGCCUGACGAGUCUGGAGGAAACACCGGAUCUGCUGCGGGUGAAAAACGCUGGACACAUUCUGAGUGAGAAGGAGUAUCGUAAGGAUCUGGAGCGUGAGAUCAGAGGGAAGGGAACCGACGUCACAGCAGACAGUCUGGAGAUCCAGAGAGCGAAGAAAGCGUCUGAGAUCAGCAGCGACGUGUCGUACAGACAGGCGUCUCAGCACAGAGAAUCAUCUUACAGUACAGUGACAGACACACCUGCGCUGCUGCACGCUGCCUACCUGAGAGACGUCUACAGUCAGAAGAAGUACCGUGGUGACGUGGAGCGUCUGAAGGGCUUGUGUUCUGUGGAAUCAGACACACCAGAGAUCCAGAGAGUGAAGAACAACCAGCGCAACAUCAGCGCGCUCUUCUACACGUGGGACUCGCGGCUGAUGAAGGGUCUGACGUCAUCGAUCGCUGACACUCCAGAGAUCAGACUGGCCCGAGAAAACGCCAAGAACAUCAGUGACGUUCAGUACAGGGACUCGGUCGGAUCCGGAACGGCCGUGAGUGACACUCCUGAGAUGGAGCGCGUGCGCAGGAACCAGCACAACAUCAGCGACGUCAAAUAUAAGAAAGCGGUUGAUCCGGUCAGUGUGGGAGUGACACCAGAGCUGGAGCGAAUCAGACAGAACCAGCAGAACAUCAGCACGGUGCAGUACCAGCGCGGUCUGCAGGAGGUCAAAGGUCACUCCUGCUCAGAGUUGGAUACGCCUGAAAUGAGGCGUGUGCGGAAAUCUCAGGACUCUGUUUCCAUGGCGAAGUAUCACGAGGAGUUCGAGCGCUCGCGGGGUCGAGGCGCCACACACACCCUCGAUGAGCAGCACAUGGCACGUCUCCAUGGAGACCAGCUGAUGGGCGCUAGCGACGGUUACCAUGGCAUCCAGCCGCAGGUGGUUGAGAUGGACCGCAGAUCAGCAGGAGCCGCUGAGCUGAAGGUCUGGAGGACUGAUCCGGGAUCCAUCUUUGACUUUGAUCCAGUGGAGGACAAUAUUCAGUCUAAAAGCCUGCGCAGGAUGACGGAGCGUGCCGGCCGUGCCCCCCCGCAGCCGUCUGCGCAGUCGGUGUGCAGUUCUCUGGGCUCAGAUCUCUGGGCCGAUCGCAGCGCGUCCGUCUGCAGCAGCGCGUCUGCAUCGCAGGACCGAUCCGCUUCAGGUGUGUUCCAGCAUCACUCCCAUCAUCCUCCGCAGUACCAGCAGGCUUACGCUCACAUGCAGGCCGUCCGCAGCGUUCGCUCUCCUCCUCACGCAGCCUCCACGCAGAGAGUGUAUCGAGCGCUGUACGAUUACGCCGCGCAGGAUCACGACGAGGUUUCCUUCCGCGACGGAGACGUGAUCGUUAACGCGCAGCCCAUCGACGAGGGGUGGAUGUUCGGCACGGUCCAGCGCACCGGGAAGUCCGGCAUGCUUCCGGCCAACUACGUGGAGUAUUUGCACUGAGAUGGUUCACACGUCCCUCCAGCGUCCGUCUCAGAGGAAGAGUGACGUGUGCACAGCAGGAAGUGAUGUCACCAAACCUGAGAAAAGCUGCUGGUUAUAUUCAUAGGCAAGCUUAUUUCUGCCACAGAAACACAUUUGUAAUUGCUUUUUUUAUAUGAAGAGUUUAUUUGCAAAAACAGAUAACUCGUGUUUUUAUUGUGUUAGCUGUAUUUUUUAGUUAUUUUUUAACCUAAUCAAAGUAACCCGCCUGCAGUUUGAUUGAGAUUCAUUGGAAUGCACGAUGAAAAAACAUGAUUCCUGAAAAUUGUUAAAGAUGGAGUUAUCUGUUUUUACAAAUGAACUCUUCAUAUCUUUUUUUCUUGCAGCUGAAAGUUUAUAUUUCAGUUUAGACUUUUUUCUCUCAGAAUUGCACGUUUAUCUUUCACUGCAAAAAAUGAUCUUCUUAGUAUUUUGUCUUGUUUUCUAGUGUAAAUAUCUACGUAAGAAUCAUUUGUCGCAGUGCAAUUCUCAGAAUUGUGAGAUAUAAACUUGUAAUCUUCAGACAAAAAGUCAAAAUAUCUCACACUUUGAGUUUCUAACUUGACUUUUUUCUCAGAAUUAUGAAGAAAAAUGAUCAAUUGUCAGCUACUUUGUAUGAUUUUUAUUCUGUGGCAGAAACAAGCUUCUGUAUAUUCUGGGCAUGAGAAGAAGAUGAAUUGAUAUUAAUGGAGGAUAAUAAUAAUCAAUAAUUAUUUAACUGAUAGUUGAAUGAGGUUAUAGUUUCAUUUUGAAGUGUUCACGCAGUCACACUAAUGAUCUGUUUUAUAAUGAGGUUUAUGUUCUUGGUCAGUCAUCACACAUCACUAGACUUCAGUCUCGCUGACUAGUUCUGGGAUUAACGAGUAGGGCUGUUAAUUCGGGUUAAGAGCUGAGGGUUCGUUUACUAACCAGUUACAAUGAGUUUAGUUUGUCAGCAGUUCAGAUCUGCACAAAACAAGCCACGUGACGUAGAAAACAAUCAUCUACUGAAUGUAGAAACCACUGUUUUUCUAAUGUUUGUUGAUUUUUAAAGUGUUCUGAAGAGGAAUAAUGGUUAAAUGCGACCAGUGUCGGUGGUUCACUGUUCUGUUCAUCACACACGUGCUGUUCGCUUUAACUAGUCACACUAGUGUGGUUUAUUUACUGUAGAAACAUGCUGAUCUGUCAGCAAACAGGCGUUUGAUCCGCAUGAACAGAGUCUGAUGUGAUCUCAAUCACUCACAGAAGAACCGAACACACAGAAGAUUCAUUCGUUCGUUCAGUUGUUCGUAUAAUUCAGUUCAGAUCUGCUGAUUCAGUCAUCUUUACACUGUAAACAGCUGCAUGUGCUGACAGUCAGAGCUGUAUAUGAUCUGUCAGGUCUUCAUUUCUCCCGAUUGCACUGAUUCAUAUAGUCUGAAUCAGUGAAUCACCGCAGAACGACUCUUUCUGAAUCAGUGAAUCACCGCAGAACGACUCUUUCUGCUCAGAGUUCUGUCAGAUAUUAAGAUGAGUAAAGUAUGUGAUAAAUGCAUGACACUAGAUGAAUUAUAAGCUAAAUAUCAGUAGGUUGUGAGUGUGAUUGUAUGUGUUCGGAUCGCAGGAGGAUGAUGGGAUCGAAGAUUUGAAGUGUUUUAUUUACUUUAUUAUAAAUCCUCUCAUUUAUCGUCACUUUGACCUAUUUACCCACCUCACUGUCUUCUGUUAACAUUAUUUAACCUGUAGUGUUCCACAGUUAUUGAAAUUAUAAUUAAUAAAAGCUUUGUUCAGCA